AUGACAGAAAAAGGACCUUCUCAAGGCGAUUUGAGGAAAAAGUUGGCAUCUCUGCAAGAGGAGUCAACCUACUGGAGCAACAUCAUAGGAACAAUUCAAAAGUCAUCAUCGACAAAGGAUAUCCAACCCACCACAUUGGAGGAUCCUGUCAAUGAAUUAGUCAAAGUGAGUAAACUAUUGCACAACGAAUCCACCAAAAUGGGAUUGGUAUUCAAAGCCCCUUUACAAUCCGGUCCGGCUUAUCGUCAAACAGAGAAGUUUGGAGAAACACAGAUACUGAUGGUAUCCAUAGCGUCUCAGCUGAAUUCCCUGCAGAGCAGAGAAAAACUCUCAAAUCUGUUUGUCGACGCUGUGCUAUCAGGAAUAGAAAAAUGUUUAGUUUUGACCUCUGAGAUAUCGUCAGAAUAUCAGAAACUGGGGGAAUCCAGUGUGAAUGAACACGUGGAAGACGAUACAAGACUGGCUCCCGUUGCAAAACUUUGGGAAGCCAUUGAUGGGCUGAAGAGUGUCUGUGAGCAAGGAAGUCCAUUUUUGUUAAAGGAAACAAGUAACCAAUCUAAAAGGUUGAUAAAGGAUGCAUUGGAGGAAUUUGAGGAAUGGAUUGAAGAUCCAAGUUCUUUCAGUGGUGAUCCGUUUGGUAUCGACGAGGCUGAUGACGAAGAAGAGGUCAUUGUAGAUGGAAAGCUGCUAGAAAAAGCAAGUUAUUUCAGAGAUAAGUUCAAGCUGAUCAUGCUUCUCUUGAACCCUUUGUCUGUCAAAUCUUACACAUUUCUAACAGGACAGGAGAUCGACAAGUUGGCUAACAACCAAAGAAAGUUGAGCUAUUUUGUCGACGAAAUUGUAAUCAGCUUAACCAUGAACCAAGAUUCUGAAGAAAGCAGUGCUCUGUAUCAAGAUCUAGAGACAGAGUGUGGGAAACUGUUUGAAUUGGUCUUGCGGUGCUGUGGAAACGACGACAAGAAAAUAAAGUGGUUCACCGUCUGGAAAGAGAAGUUCGACGCGAAGAAUUAG